AAGGGGUUGGGGAACAACGGGGAGAACGGAGCUGCCGUUGUACGCGGUGGGUCAGAGCGCGGUUGUAGGGAAAAGCCAUCCCGUCGGGUUCGGGUGCUGCCCGGCUCGAUGGGGUGCGGGGCUUUGGGGUGGUUGGGGAGCCCCGUUUCACCGACGGGACGCUCGUCCUCUGGUGUCCGGUCCCAGCGGGGCGGCACUGAGAUGCCACCACUUCCUGAGACGCGCCCGCAUCGGGUGGCACUGCCCAGCACCGGGCGGGCACAGCCGGGCGGCCGCAGCACGGCUCCCGUGGCAGCCGCGUGUCCCUUUGUCACCGCAGCCCCGUGGGGAUUUGUCCCCACCUCACUGCAGUGCACACUCCGAGCUCGCAGCUUCCGUGGGGAAGGCACAGCGCUGCGGCUUUGGGGACAAAUAACGCCGUUGGGUUUUAUUUCGUGCACUCAGGUUUUGGCCGCCCAUGGUGGUCGCUGGUGGCCCAAGUGCUCGGGCACGCCGAGGGACCCAGCGCGGCCAUGUAGAGCAGAUGGGGACGGGAUGAGCCCUGCGCUGCGCCUGCUGCUGUCCCUGGCCAGCUGCGCCCUGCUGCGAGGUACACCGCUGCCCCCCCGGGGGGUGCGGCUGUGGGCUCAGAACUUCCACGUGCAGCUGCGGUGGGAGCCCGACCCGCAGGCACCGAACGGGACCGCGUACCAGGUGGAGUGGAGGAAGAGAACCUCCCGCUGGACCAGGGCAGACACCUGUGGGGGGAACAGCACCGGCUCAUCCUGGGUGUGUGAGCUGCGUUGUGACGACAUCCAUGGUAUCUACUGGGCGAGGGUGAGAGCAGUGCAGGAUGGCGAGCCGUCCCCGUGGGUCAGUUCCAACGAGCUGCUGCCAUACAGAGACACAACUGUGGGCCCCCCCACCUUAUCCUGGCAGCUCCAGGGCCACAACCUCAGCAUUAAACUCAGUGCACCGCUCACCCCGUACCAGAGCAGGCAUGGAUCCUACAAACCGCUCAGCAGAGUGCUGCGGAAGCUGCGGUACCACCUGCGUCUGUACCAUGGGGAUGUGCUCCAGCAGGAGGUGCCCUGCAGGUGGACCACCAGGAAAGCAUCAUGUACCUUCAGGUUCCUGAUGCCCAGCACGCAGUACUGCAUCCGCACGGUGGCAGUGGGCAUAGCCCCACAGCGGAGCCUGGAGGCUGAGCAGUGCCUGGUGACACCAGCAGGUCCUGCAGCCUUCCCCUGGGUGCUCCUGGCUGCGAUGGUUGCUGCCCUCCCACUGCUGAGUGUGCCUGCUGUCUGCCUGACCUGUGUGUACAUCUUCCCGAAGUCCUCUGAAAUGCACCUCCCAAAAAUGCUGGCUCUGCUGCCCAGCAGCGCUGCAGUGCCCACCCUGGAGCUGCAGGAGGUUGCACCAGCCCCACUGCUGCCAGCCCCCAGCGAGCACCCAGCACCCGCAGCCCCACUGCUGCUGGGGGGGUGGUGUUUCCAGGAGAGGAGCGGUUACUGCCCCAAUGGGUUUGGGAUGGAGUGGCACGAGGGUAGGACUGCACCCAGCUACCAGCCAAGCUCCUGGGCACCAGCACUGGAGGAGGACGAGGAUGAAAGCGACAGGGAUGCUGCGGCGGUGUCUCCAACCAGCAGUGUGAUGGAUGGGGACUAUGGGACAUCAGAGACGUGGCUCUCCCCGCACCUCCAGCUUUAUUCCACAGCUCUUGGAGCGGGCAGCGGCCUUCUUCCUGCCCUGAACACCAUCAGCUUCAGCCCUGGUGAGCUGCAGGAGGACGCAGCUGGGUCCUGGGUACCACUCAGCUCUGUGAGGUUACCGGGGACCGAGCUGGGGGUGGAUGACAGCAGCACGCAGCAAUGGGGCUGUCCCUGCAUGCUGCCCAGCUGGCACACAGGCACACCUCACGAGGAGGAGGCAGCAGCACCCCCAGAGCAUCGCUUUGCCUUGCUGGGGGCUCCUGAAGCAGAGUGCGAGGAGUGAGAGCCACCACCCAACCCCCACAUCUUUAUUUAUCCCCCUGUGGCUGUAGAUGUGUGCGUGAAUAGGGCACGGCCUGAUGCAGAUCUGUACCUGUGCACACACAGACAUCUCUUGGUUAGAGAUUUUUUGGUGUUUUUUUUCCAAUUUGUCAGGACUGUGCAGUUAUUAUUACUUUUUCAAUAAUACUAAUUUAUUGCUGAAAGCUCUUUGCUGUGCCUGGAGCCUCUGUGCCACAGGGCACUGCUGCAACAAGAGGGUUCUCCAUCCGUCCCUUCGUGCUUCGUGGCCCCGCUGUGCCGCCCACCCCGGGGGGGGGUGAAGCAGCAGAAGAGCGUGAAACAGGAAAGGUGAGAGUGGAAAAAGGCGAAGCUUUGUGACAUUUUGGCAGCUCGGCUCGGCGAGGUUUUGGUUUUGCAUCGGCUGGGAGGUGUGAGGCAUCGCGGAGCGCGGCGAUGUUCGGGUGGUGGCGGUUUGAGCUUCUGACGAUGCUGCUUCAAAGCAAUGAGGAGAAUGCAGCUGGCAACG